CCGGCGGGCAGGCACAGCGCCUCGGUGAUCCUGCUGCACGGCUCAGAGUGAACAAACUGAAAAAAUAUUUCCUCCACUAUAAGUUAUAGUCAUUUUAGGUGACACUGGCCCCGGAGUAAGAGCGUGGAUCAAACAAGUUCUGAAUCAGGAUUUGGUUUUCCAGCAUAUAAAAGUAAUUUAUCCAACAGCUCCUGCCAGAUAUCAAGACCUAUCUUGGAGUUUACACUAUACCACUAUUCUGCAGCAUGGAGAAAGCAUAUUUUUGCAAAUUGAAUAUCUUUUCAUUUCAUUUCUCAUUGGCAUUCUUCCUCCCAUUUCUGUUCAUUUCAACUUUUUCCCCGUGCAGCUGGAAACCUAUUAUCUCCACCUUGGGAAUGGGUGCCUGGAAGAUUAAUAAAAAAUCACAAAAGCCUCCCAUCACUUUCAGUGGGAAUUGCGCCUCUGAAUCCCUAAGACCGUAUACACCUAUGAGAGGGGCCCUCUCCACUGUGUGGUUUGACAGAUGGAAGAUAUCUAAUGAGUGCCCAGAACACAUUGAAACCAUUGACUCAAUGUGUCGGGUGCUUACAAACGUGAUUGAUGAUGAGGUUAAAAAUGGCAUCAGCAAGAAUAAGAUAAUUUUAGGAGGUUUUUCAAUGGGAGGUGGCAUGGCAAUGCAUUUAGCGUACAGGUAUCAUCAAGAUGUGGCUGGAGUCUUUGCUCUUUCUAGCUUUCUCAAUAAGACAUCUGCUGUUUACCAGGCUUUACAGAAAAAUGAAAGUGUCCUUCCUGAAUUAUUUCAGUGUCAUGGAACAGCUGAUGAGUUAGUUCUGCACUCGUGGGGUGAAGAGACCAACAAGAUGUUAAAAUCAUUGGGAGUAGCAACAUCUUUUCAUAGUUUUCCAAAUCUUAAUCAUGAGUUACACAAAACUGAACUGGAAAAAUUGAGCUCCUGGAUUGUAAAGAAAUUGCCUGUGGAGACAGCAAUGUCAAAUGAAUAAAUGAAAUUAACUUAACAUUUCAAAAUAACAUGUUUAUGUAUAGCAAGGGCUUGCCUACAUUAACAGUUAAUGCACAACAGGCUAGUGUGAGGUAAAUAUACAACCCAGCUUGCCAUGCACUAAGUGUCCGUGAGGAUCCUGCUGCCUCACUAGUUCCCUAGUGCACUUUGGUCUACCCUGCUUUGAAACAGGAGUAGAUCAAAGUGCAUAGGGAAUGGUUAGUACAUGGCAGCAUGGUCCAUUAGUGAAUGGAAAACUGGGGUGUGUGUCUACCGCACACUAGCCUUCAUCACACACAAGCCCUAAGAGUGUGCAUCAUUUAUUUCGUAAAUAUAAAUCCAGCUUCAGAUAGACACUAAUGUUACGUACAACUUUCUUAAAACCUAGCCUGGAUGAUGAUAAACUACUGAUACUUACUGAUGUUUUUACUGUCCAAUAUGCAAAACAUGGAAGCUACAACAUUCUGUGGAAGAUACUGAGAGUAUUAAAACCAUUUAUAAAUGGCCCAAACUCUUUUCAAAACUUUAAUAUAUAGUGUUCCAUGAUUUUCCACAUCAUCCUAUUUUUAUUCCAAGCUGGAAAAAUCUGUAAUAGUUAUUUUUUUAAAAAAAGUAUAAAAAUAAUUUUACAGCCUACAAAUGUAGCAGUGUGUAAUAUGAUUCAAGUUACAUUUGAGGAAAAAAAAUUAUGGUGCCAUUCCUGCAAAGACUUAAGCGUGUGCUUAACUUUACACACUGAGUAGUCCCUUAGAGUGCACUGCAGUAGUCUAAGCAGGAAGGUACAAAAGUAUGGAUAGCAGUGGCACAGUCCGCAACUGAAAGAAAAGAUCACAACCAGGGCAGCUGGCAAAAAGGGAACAUGGUUACUGCUAUAAUAUGGUCAUCAAACAGCAGCUGUGGUCUAAAAUACCCCUUGGUUGCUAACCCCAGUAAUUAAUGUCCAACGUACUCCCUCAGUCAAAGGGUCUGAUAUCACCUCUGCCAUCUCCACUUGCCGCAACCCCCCAUCAUCAUGGCAGUCUUGCUCACUUUCAUUCAUGCCCCGACCUCAACUAGACCCUGGCUAGGGGGCCUAACCUCACUGUCCAAGUCAGGCCUUGAACACGUUACUUAUAUCCUCCCCGUGGCCCAGUUUAAUCAUCUGUAAUCUUCAGAGUGUACUUCUUAGAGCACCUGUUCCAUAGAGAUUUUCUGAAAAUUAAUAUUUUCAGAGUUUUGAGAUUAUUGGACGAUUCAUGACCUUUUUGUACCAUAAAGACUGAUUAACAUAAAACCCUUUCCAGGUUGUGUGUAAAUCAUAACAUAUCUAUUCAGGAGUUGGAUAACACUUACCUACUUCACAGGUGUGAUGAUAGAGUAGAAAUGGGCACAAAAUCUGUAUCCAAACAUCUUCCAAAAUGUAGUGAAAUCCAGAUCUGGAUCUGACCUUGGUCACAGUUGGUCUCUGUACAAUGGGACUAAACAAAACUCCAGGUCCACUAUGGUGUUUAAUAAAGGGAACCAAAGUAGUCCAUUGAUAUUACAAAAUGAAUCCUGGUUCUCGUGACCGUCCUUUCUUUGUAACUAUUCCUAUUCUCACCAUAUUUGUUCCAAUUUCUUUGAGCUGCUCUCGGAUGUCAUUAGAAAGCCAUAAUGGCAGGAUGAAAAGAGUUUGUCAUCUCUCUUCAUCUCAUUGUGCCUGUCACCAGAAUGAGUUACCACCCAAUGUUAGUGCUUAACAAAUUCCCAUGACAGCAACUGUAAUAAGAGCAGAAAA